AUUCAAUGCUUUUGACUUCAAUCUUCUCCGUAGCUUGAUAACUUACUAAAGCUAGCUGCUGCUCUUUCACUUUCUCUGUCAGUUUCUUUCAGUUUCCUGGGUUCUUUCUUUUGCUUUAGCAUUCAUUCAAUACCCCUUGCUUAUAGCUAAUUAAGAGCAUUAAUAUUAAUGGCAUCGAGCCCUUUCACUUCUUCAAGUGGUUCCAAUUGCUCGAGUACUAGCAGUACUUGGACGCCAAAGCAAAAUAAGCAGUUUGAGAAGGCUCUUGCUUUGUAUGACAAGGACACCACAGACCGUUGGCAGAAUGUGGCUAAGGCUGUGGGUGGGAAAUCUGCAGAGGAAGUGAGAAAACACUACGAGAUCCUUGUGCAGGAUCUGAUAAACAUAGAAUCAGGUCAAGUUCCUCUUCCCAAUUACAAGACCACUGGGAGCAACAGUAGAUCAGGAUCUGGCGAUGAGCAGAUCAGGCGCAUGAAGAAUCUAAGGCUCUACUAGUAAAAGCCUAAAGCAGCAGUCAUGUGGUCUUUAUCUAAGUAUUAUAUGCACACAGUACAGGAAAAAAGUGAUGAAUCGCUCAACUAUGAAACAGUUCAACAAAUGCAUACAAAAAAAAUUAAAAGAAAAUAAAAUGAAAGGACUCUAUAUAUUUAUGGGCUCAUGA